AUGAGUGGCAAGGACCCCCCCCAGCGGAAUGCGACCGUGGGGGGCAGGCAAACGGCGGCGUCUGGGCCCCCCGUGACCUCUGACCCCCCCGUGACCUCUGACCCCCUGGCCCCCAAGCGCGUCUGCUUCUACAAGAGCGGCGACCCCCAGUUCUCGGGCUUCAGGGCGGUCGUCAGUGGCCGCACCUUCAAGUCCUUCGAGGCCCUGCUGGACGGCCUGUCCCGGAAGGUGCCCCUGCCGUUCGGCGUGCGCACCAUCACCACCCCCCAGGGGACCCGCGCCGUCCGGUCCCUGGACCAGCUGGAGGACGGGAAGUCCUACCUCUGCUCCGACCGCCGGAGGGUGAAGCCCAUAGACCUGGAGGCGGCCAGGAAGAGGCCGGUGCCGUGGAACUCGGCCCUCCAGGCCACCGGGGGGCGCCGAGCGGCACAGCCGGCAGCGGGCAGGGCGAAGCGGGAGAGCGCCGGAGCGCUGGCCGUCUUCAGGAACGGAGACCCCGGCUCCAUGCGCACCGUGGGGCUGCAGAGGGUCGGCUCCAUGAGCUUUGAGGCCCUGCUGGAGCACAUCUCUGAGCUCAUGCAGUUCCCAGUGCUGAAGCUCUACACCACCGACGGCAGGAGGGUGGAUGGCCUAGCAGCUCUCCUCCUCUGCUCCGCGGUGGUGGCAUCCUCGGGUGCUGAGCCCUUCAGGCCAGACGGAUACAGCCUCCAGAAGCCCCCGCAGACGUCCCGGAGCGCGGCUCACCCGGAGCCAGGCCGGCUGCAGCCAAGGCCCAGGAAGAGCAAGUCGCUGUCCAGGAGGAGCUCCCGGAACCUCUCCCUCUCUUCGGAGACGUUCUCGGGGAACCGGAUCCACGGCUCCAUGUCCCGGGGCCUCUUCCGCGCCUGCAGCAGCAGCACGGCGGACACCGGCGGCCUGGCCUGCGCCGGGGGACAGGGGGCUUCCAGUGCGGGCGGCGGGGCCCUGACGGCCCCCGGCGUCGAAGACAUCGAGAAGUCCUGCCGGAUAAACCAAGACGGCAGCAUGACGGUGGAGAUGAAGGUCCGGCUGAUGAUAAAGGAGGAGGAGACCAUACACUGGACCACCACCCUGUCCAGGUCCGGCACCACCUGCUGGCCGGGAGGGGGACCUGCACCACAGGAGCUGGCGGAUAGAGGAUCGCUGGACUCCAACAACGGUCGCGUAGAUGACCCUGUUGAUGACGAUGAUGCAGGCUGGAUUGGGACUGCUACAGUAAAGCCAUCCGUGCCACAGGCUGUGGCGAGAGAUCCUGAUGAGGAAAGAGAGGGUGAGGAUGCAGAGGCAGUCGAUGUAGAGAAACCCAGAAUCAGGAGGGUGCAAACCCCAGGGCCGAGGGCCCUGAGGAAGAGACAGCCACCCACUGAAAGCAUCCAGUCUGCGUCAGACACAGAGGUUCAGGAGAACGUGGCCGGCGUCUCUCGCUCGGACAUCGAACAGAGUUCAGGGGGCACCGUGGCGGAGACGCACGGCAGUCUCACCCAGCAGCACCACGGCCGGCCCGUGCCCAAACCCCGGCGUGCCGUGGCAGCCCGUCACAGUGAGCUACGCUCCGCUUUCCGGGCCUCCAGGUCGGCGGAAGUCCUGCAGAUACAGAGCAACGGGGGGGAGGUCACGGAGGCGGUGCUGCACGUCUACGAGCAGCAGAGUUGCUUCGACAGUUACUAUAGCAAUGGAAAGAUCGCCGGCGAGCAUCAGUCCGUGAGCAGGGCGGUGUGCAGCCGGACGUUCUCCACAGAUACCGUCCCUCGUUCCUCUGGCGACGGCAACGGCAACGGCCGGCGACUGGAGAGGCCCUCCGUCCUCUCAGAACCUCCCUGCAGCGAGUCUGACAGCACCUCCACGUCAUCUGAAGUCGCGGUCCCCUCCUACAGGAUGCGGAACAACCUAUCGUCCUGCACGGACAACGAAGCCUGUGUCACCACGGGGUCCCCGUCUGAGGUCUUCCAGCAGGAUGCGGGCAGCUCCGGAAAUCGUGGCCUUCGACCGGGAAAGAGGAGGCCAUCAGAGAAACUCAAAGUGAAAAAGAAGGCCUCACCCCUGUCCUUGAUUCCGGGUGGAGCCUUGGCGGAGAGCACGAUGGGGGAUCUCAAAGGUGGCAGGCUUGUGAAAUCCACCUCAGACAUUUCCCGGGACAGAGAGGAAGAGGGAAUCAGAGCUGAGGAGGGAGAAGAAAAUGAGCAAGCAAUGUUUCGUCAAAUGAAAAAGAAAAAGAAAGCAUUGAGGGACAGAGAUGACAUAUCCAAAAGCCACACCCUGUUGUUGAACAUCAAGCACCUGGGAGAAUCUUCAAAAGAGCUCAAUUUAACAGAAGGGAAGUCCAUUAGUGAGACUAAGCUCAACGUGAGCACAUUUGCGAAGACAGAUCUGUUAGACAUCCGGCCUCCCGUUUUGGUCCAGAAGAUGCUGGUGAAGCAGUGGUCGAUGAGCGAGGAGAGAAGGGGAGCGAGGGAAACGAAGGAGAUGAGCGAGAGUGUGUCGAUGCCCGCCCUCGACGCCUCUCCCUCCGCUGUAAACGAGUACGUGGAAAAUUGGUUGGAGAAAAUUCCAUCGCAGGAUGCCCCUUGCCGUGCGGAGGACCCGAGAGCUACAGACCCGAGAGCUACAGACCCGAGAGCUACAGAACUCGGGGCGAAGGUGCAGUUUCAGAUCAGCAGCGACUCCUGCGAGGAGUCUGAGGCAAAGUGCGGAACUCAGUCGCCCCCGAAGGAACUCAUCACCGACCGACCGUCCUCACAUGCCCCCACAGAGGGAAGGCUUCACCUGGGCACUGAAGGUGAGCAGCACACGAUGAAGAGCGCAGGAACAUCACAGUCCCACGUCCGCCCGAACCCAGUGGCAGAAAUACCAAAAUUCAAACCGCACAAUUCCGGCGAAGCUCUUGUUCAGUCAGGAGCAGAAAUGCCUUUAGCCUUAGAGGCUGCACAAGAGCCCCAGAUUAAACCCUUGCUGGAGCAACUGUACUCAUCGAUUCAAUCGAUCAACCAGGUUUCACCGUGCGCCGACACUCCUUGCCUUGAGAAGUCCCACAGUGCGCCAGACUUCACCGUUCAGGUGGCCUCCAUAUUCGGGUCGUCCUCCAAGAUGCUGAUUGCAUUUUUAUCAGUGAUGUCCUUGAAGGAAGCCAUCGCAAACCUGGGCGGAGACCGGAUGUCCGAGAAGGACUCGGGUGUCUCCGAGGCCUUGCAAAUGGUGAUGGCUCUGCACAAACUAGCUAGCAUAGAGAACUCGGAUGAGCUGAAGACUGGCCUCUCGGACUUGCACAGAUCUGCCUCGUCAGAGCUACUGAAGAGCUGGAGCAGUUUCCAGGAGCUCAGGAGCCACGCUGACAGUCAAGAGAACUUUGGUGCCUCAGAAGAUCCAAAUCUGUCUGAGGCAAGCUUAGAAGACUGUCGCAACCAAGAGACAUAUCCGUAUGGAUUCCAAGAGCUGAUAAAGGAACUUGGCAUCUCUGGCAACCUGCAGAAAAAACUGUCCUGUUUAGUUAUGGGGGAGGUGGUGGAUGAGGAACCAACAGAAGAGUCAGAAGAGUCGAAGGAGGUGGAGUCUAUGAUGGAUGAUUCUGACGACAGGGCGAGAAUAUGCAAGUUCCAAACCGGUUCAGGGAUAUGCGAGGACUCCAGUCCUCAAACCUUCUCUCACUCCUUGGAGAUCCCGGGGGACCUGCUGGAGUACAUAACCUCAGUCCUCCUGUCCUCCUCCCUGGCGCUCAGCUACGACUCCCGGGGAAACAUGCGGAUCGAGCCCGAGAGGCCCUGCGACAGGCCGGUGAAGGGCGCGCCCCGGUACGGGCAAAAACAGCUGCCGAGCCCCAGCGUGUCGGACCUCUCAGACUACAGGGAGACGUCGGAGAGCGACGGGUGCUCGUCGCGGCUGUCGGCGGAGUUGACCUCGGAGAGCGACGGGGAAGGUUCCGGAGUUCAGCGGGAUGGGUUACAGGGAGCGAGUGACGCCAGCCGGGAGGAACCCGGGAAAGCUGAGGAAUACACCACCGGCAGUAUCGACUCUGACCCUGACGGAGGGGCGGAGGAGACGGGAGGUGUGGCGCGAGGCGGGUCCCCGGAACGCCCCGCUCCCUGCGCGGAUGACGACCUCAGCGACGGGGUGCUGAUAGACAAAGGCCGGUGGCUCCUGAAGGAGAACCACCUGAUCCGGAGGUCUCCGCCGGUGCCUUCCGGAAUGUACGGGAACGUCGACACCACGUCGGCGGACACCACGCAGGACGACGGGAGCGACGACGUUCCCUGCUACUCCCAGCCGGGGAGCCACCGUGCGCCCCUGGCAGUGCUGUCGUCCUCCGAGCUGGAGGAGCUCGCCAGGCCGGUGAUGCCCAAGUGCUCUUACUUCAACAUGUCGCACGGCAGCGACUCCGAGCCGUUCCAGGACGAGCUGAGCGACGGCGGCUGGACGAGCGCCGUCAGGAACGUCGGGAACGUCGGGAACGUCGGGAACAGGACCCGGACGAGGACCGAGCUGGGGGCGUCCCCUUCCGACACGCUUCACCAAACGACGGCAAUGAAGUGCGGCAGCCUGUCUUCCUUCGCCUCCGUGGAGUUCAAGAUGGCGGAGAACAGGGUGCACCCCCAGGCCGGGCCUUCUCACCGGGGCGCCCCUGGGGAGAGCCAGCCCGGUGGAGCGCCGGACACAGCCAGCCAGACGCUCAAAGAGCAGGAGUCUCUGGAUAAACUUCACCUGGUGUGUGGCCAGCACUGCCCCAUACUGUAA